AUGGUUAUGCUGCUGGUUAUGCUGCUGGUUAUGCUUCUGGUUGUUGGUGUUGGUGUUGGUGUUGGUUGCGUUGAUGCUGGCGUUGACGUUGCAGCUGGUGAAUAA